GUCAGUCUACAGUUGGUCUCAAGCAAGCGCACGGCACUAGGCGUUUUAUAUCGCAGGUACAACUGCCAAACGCCUAGAUAUAAACAUACGUUGAUUAAAUAGACUGUAUCUUAAUAAACUAUAUAGUGUAAGAAGCAAGUUGUGUGAAAGUAUUUCCUAGUUUUAUAGUGUGCGUGUCAGUGAAACGGUCGAUAAAGUUGGUGAUCGUUCAGUGCUAUUUCUGGAUUCCUUACAUACUAUUGGAUUUGUGUUUAGAGGCUUUAACAACGAUGCCGUCAAAUAAGAAACUCAUAUCGAAAAUGCGACAGAUUUUCCAAUGGAUCCUCGUGGUUCACGUGGUAGAAUUCGUAGAGGCGUAUUGUACACCUCGUGACACAGCAAGGCGAUCUCCACAACGCAACCGUCGCUCUCGUGAACCACGAAGAUCUCCCGACACUUCCAAAUGGCGUUACGAUUCCCGCAGAGCUUACGAAUUUGAUUCCUGCCGUCGAUCGUAUGAUUACGAAUCGAGAAGAUAUUACGGACGCGAUUUAGACGGUGAUUCGGGAAGACGUCCCGAGUUCGACGGGGAGUCCGCUCGACGUCGGGCGGAUUACGAAUCCGCCAGGAGGACCGAUUUUGAUCUAUCAACUCCAGGAGUUUCGAGGCGUAGCCCCGAGAGUGCUCCUGAGGGUUCAACUGAAUCACCCCCUGAGCCAGCGCCGUCUGCUCCGUUGAGACACGAUAGACAGUCUAGACACCGAUCUCAACUUUACUACGAAUCAGAAUCAUCGACGGAUGAUCGUACUUCAUCAUCAGAAGAAGAAGAAAACGAAUUUGGUGAAUUUGAUCCAUUUGCUACGGCACCGUCUUUACAUUCACCAGAUAGCGGCCGUUCAGAUCCAAGAUACGCGAACGCACCGCGCCGUAAUCCAAGCCCAUAUUAUUACGGAGACUUAUUCAAAACAGCUCCACCAGCGCCAGCACCGUCAGCACCAACGGCGUCCACGACAUCAUCAUCUCGUGGGCCUAGAUAUAGGAAGUCAGCAAGUCUAGACGCUCCCCACGUUGCUCCUAGACCUAAUCUUCCGAAACGAUUUUCAGUAGCUGAAGAUGGCUUCCGUGAAUUAGAACGGUCGUCAUCUUCGUCUGGUGAGAGCGCGUGGAUGCCGCCGAGGCGCCGCGGGCGCGACGCGGCCGGCUGCGCGUGCGCCGCGCCCGAAGAUGUAGAGGAGCAUCGUCCUUCUCGCAGCGUCUUUUACGUGCCGGCGCCGUUGCCACGCUGGUCGCACGAGAUGACCACCCGACAGAUUUAUGAAACAGCUUUUGACUGUAAAAUUGCACGCUCAGAUGAUGACUUGGACGAUUUUGAUCGUGUCAGUAACCAUCCAGCGCUCUUGCAUGCCGAAGAGCGUAAGGUUAUUUCCUCGGCCUCCUCUGCAUUUGAAGCUGUUGAGCGUAGCGAACCUGAUUACAAAGGUCGCCGUAAGGUGACUAUGAAAACAGACAGUGUACGACGGUCGAAAAUUCCCACUAUUCGUCAAAAGAGAGAAAAUGAAGGUAACGCCUGUGUUUUAUCCGAGGAAUUAGAAAAAGUGCAUAUAGAGGAAGAAGAUAGGACAGCAUCUACUUCCCAACUUCCUUUGAGAGGUUAUACACCAUCUCCACCAUCUACAGCCCCUUUACCAGCAAAAUUUCAGAAAGAUGGAUCCGCAAUGAACAGUAUUAAAAGUGCCCCAAAUUUGCCACAAUCACAACCAGCACACCCUCGAUUGAAGGAUUUGAGAUUGCCUGUGAAGUCAUUACGAGCGCGGGAAACUCCAACUAGUAGUGAUGCUAGUAUGGUUGAUGUAAAGGGUUCAGUUUCUACAGAAUUAGAUAUUGGUCAAAGACUGAGGGAUUCAAGUCGUGAAUCUCGUGAUGGUGAUGAAGACAGACAAUCUAAAGACGGUAUUUUUUUAGAGAUUAAGGGUCGACCCACUUCCGAUUCUGACACACCUGAACUGAAUCGGUACUCGGGGCCAAAGGGGGUCGGCCCUAUAAUGGAAUUUAAGGGAAGGCCAGGAGUUACCCGUCCACGUCGUAAAUACUCAAGUACAGAAAGUAUGGCUACAAGCAGCAGUGGAGGUAGUAUGGAAUCGCUCCGAAGUAGUAACAGCGAAGGAGAUCGAAGUAGUAGUAGCUCAGAAAGUCGCCAUUCCUCUUCACUUAGUUCCCACAGUUCCGACUCGGGAAACGUCCCAUUCACAAAGUCACACCACAUGCAACUCUCGGGGUUUGGACACCACACAGCUAAACUACAUAUUCUAAGUCCUAUAUCGGAUAAAUCUUCUCAAGAACCUGCCUCAGAAACAUCAGAUAACAACAAAAACAAUAAUUCUCAGAAGGUUUCACCGGAAGACGGCGAAACCGGAAACAAUACAAUACAAACUACUGUUGAAAUUGUUGCCAAACCAAAACGUCGAGCACUGCAAAAUAGGAAUUUAUUAAAUCUCACGUUUAGACAUUCAACGACAGGCGAUGCAGAAAUUCAAGGGUCUGAUAGUGGAAUUUCAAUACACUCAAGAGAAGGAGUUGAUUCAAGAAAUGCAUUUAUAAAUUUUAAGAAUAGCAAUACAGAGGUAGAACGUAAAGAUGAUGAUGACUUAGAUUUAUCAGAUCUACCAUUUGACAUGCCGAAGUUGAGAAGACGUCGUGCUGAAGCUGAAGCCGACUUAAGAUCCUUGCCAUUCGAUAUGCCGAAACUUCGCCGAAAAUUACGAGGACAGUCGCUUCAACUGAAUAAUGAUUUCGAUGGAGCAAUUUCCAAUGCAUCAUCCAGUCAGAGUUUUCAGGAUUUAAAUCAAGGUAACAAGCAUCGUCCAAAGUUAACAUUGAACUUCGACGGCAAUGGCGGUGGUUCUGGCAGCUCUAAAGGAUUGCAUUUGAAUUUGGGACCCAUUGCUCCGCCGCGAGAUUUGGUUGAUGCUUCUCUUCCACUUGACCGACAAGGGUGGUAUCAUGGUACGUUAACGCGUGUGGAGGCUGAAAGUUUGCUGAGAGAUGCCGACGAAGGCGCUUUUUUGGUACGCAACAGUGAAUCUGCGAAACAUGACUACUCAUUGAGCUUAAAGUCGACCCGUGGGUUUAUGCACAUGCGAAUUUGCCGUGGUACUGAAGGCUACACAUUAGGUGGCGCUGCCACAGCAUUUCCCACUGUCCCCGCUCUUAUGAAACAUUAUGUCACGGCACAAAGACUUCCAGUAAGGGGAGCCGAACAUAUGGCACUGUCUACUCCAUUACCCGCUGUGUUACUUUGAACGCAAAAUGUAACAUUUCGGACUAUCACAAGACAGAUGUUAACGCUAAUAAAUAUUGGUUUAUUUAUUAGCAAGUUGCUGAAUCAGCAGCUGGAUUCAAGCUGAAGGAGGCAUUAUGAAUUGCGCCUUUCUCUUUUUGAUUUGCAACAGAAAAAUCUGUUAUUUGUAUAGCUUUAGAAGACCCAGAGAAUGAUACCAAAGAGUUAGGAGAACUUAGCGAUAAGUUUGUUAUGUGAAUAUGGGCUUUUGUACAUUUAAAAUAAGAACGCACAGAAUUUGUGCAUCGUGCAACACCAUGCUAGUCCCAUCACCGCAGAAACCUGUAAAAAGUAACAUUAAAUAUAUAUUAUUUAUUCGCAUAUAAUCUUUGAUAUUUAUUUCAUGUAGUAAACUAUGUAUUUUGUAAGGUAAUUUGUGUUUAGUACUUACGCUUGGUAUUACUCAUCAAUUAUUUAUCGAGACUUCAUUACGAUACAAUUUAAUUAGUGUUUACUGAACUGUAUUCUGUGUCGAUUGACGCAAGCGAUAAUAUUUUAUAACAAUAAAGAUAAUAAUUCUUCAUUAUAUACAAUCUUCAUGAUAUUCAAUAGUGUUCGAGUACUUUUUAUGAUUCAUUUUAAAUUAAAACGUGUACUUAUUAAAUAUAUGAAUGCUUAUAAUUCCUUUAUAUUUAUGGCCUAACUUACGCUCACAAUACUGGCUUUUAAUAUGUAUUAAUUGUUUG